AUGCCUGCUUCCAUUAUUGACGGCAAAGCCAUUGCACAAUCUGUGCGUGCCAAGGUCAAGGAGAACAUUGCAAACACCAAAGCUCAGUAUCCUCACUUCAACCCUCACCUUGCCAUUGUCCAAGUUGGUAACCGAGACGACUCGUCCUUGUACAUUCGCAUGAAGGAGCGUGCAGCCAAAGAGGCUGGCAUCGAGUUCAGUUUGCAAAAGCUUCCCGAGAGCGUUUCUCAAUCUGAAUUACUCCAAAAAGUCAAAGAGCUCAACGAUGAUUACCGUAUCCAUGGCAUCCUUGUUCAAAUGCCUCUUCCUUCCCACAUUGAUGAGGCUGCAGUAGUGGAGGCUAUCGAUUAUCAAAAGGAUGUGGAUGGUUUUCACGCUGUCAAUGUCGGCAAUAUGGCCAAAAAGACCGCUGAACCCUUGUUUCUUCCUUGCACUCCCAAAGGCAUCCUUACACUCCUUCGCUCCACUGGUAUUGAUAUGAAUGGCAAACGUGCCGUGGUGCUUGGUCGUAGUGACAUUGUGGGUGCUCCUGUGGCCACAUUGCUUACCGGUGAAAAUGCAACUGUCACCCUUUGCCACUCCAAGACCGAGAAUAUCGAAAGCAUCGUCAAGGAAGCCGAUAUCCUUGUGGUCGCUAUUGGCAAGACUGAAUUUGUUAAAGGCGAAUGGAUCAAGCCUGGUGCUGUUGUCAUUGAUGUUGGCACUAACGGUGUCCCUGACUCUACCAAAAAGUCCGGUAUGCGUUGGGUUGGUGAUGUCGAGUAUGCCAAGGCUGCCGAAGUUGCACAUGCCAUCACUCCUGUGCCUGGAGGUGUAGGUCCAAUGACUGUGGCUAUGCUUAUGGAGAACACUUUUACCAGUGCUAAGCGUUGGUUUGAUUUGAGCCGCUCCCGCAACAUUUCUCCUCUCCCUCUUGAUCUCAAGACUCCCGUCCCCAGUGAUAUCGAAAUCGCUCGCGAGCAAACUCCUAAGGAUAUUGAAAUUCUUUGCAAGGAAUUGGGAAUGAGUGCUAGUGAGUACGAGCUCUAUGGAAACACCAAGGCCAAGGUCAACUUGAACGUUUUGGAACGACUUGGUCAUCGCAAGGAUGGUCGUUACAUUGUUGUCACAGGUAUUACCCCCACUCCUCUCGGUGAAGGAAAGUCUACUACCACCAUUGGUCUUGUGCAAGCUCUCGGUGCUCAUUUGAACAAGGUUGCAUUUGCUUGUGUGCGUCAACCAUCGCAAGGUCCUACAUUUGGUAUCAAGGGUGGUGCUGCUGGUGGUGGUUACUCGCAAGUGAUUCCCAUGGAUGAAUUCAAUUUGCAUUUGACUGGCGAUAUUCAUGCUGUCACUGCUGCCAACAACCUUUUGGCUGCCGCAAUUGAUGCUCGCAUGUUCCACGAAAACACACAAACGGACAAGGCCUUGUUCAAUCGUCUUUGCCCUGCAAAGAAGGGUGUGCGCAAAUUUGCCCCUGUCAUGCUUAAACGCCUUGAGAAAUUGGGCAUCAACAAGACCAACCCUGAAGACUUGACUGAAGAGGAGAUCCAUCGUUUUGCACGUCUUGAUAUUGAUCCCGAUACCAUUACCUGGCAACGUGUUAUGGAUAUCAAUGAUCGUUUCUUGCGCAAAAUCACUGUCGGCCAGAACCCUACCGAAAAGGGCCAAGAGCGUGUUACCGGAUUUGAUAUCUCUGUGGCAAGUGAAGUCAUGGCUGUACUUGCCCUUGCAACCGAUUUGAAGGAUAUGCGUCAACGUCUUGGCAACAUGGUGGUGGCAAGCUCAAAGAGUGGACAGCCCGUGACGGCUGAUGAUAUUGGCAUUGGUGGUGCAUUGACAGUGCUUAUGAAGGAUGCUAUCAAGCCAAACCUUAUGCAAACGAUCGAAGGCACACCCGUGUUGGUUCAUGCUGGUCCAUUUGCCAAUAUUGCUCAUGGCAACUCCUCUAUUCUUGCUGAUAAGGUGGCCCUCAAGCUUGCUGGUACAGAAGAGGGUAUGGAGCCUGGCUACGUUAUUACCGAAGCUGGUUUUGGUGCCGAUAUGGGUAUGGAGAAGUUCUUUGAUAUCAAGUGUCGUGUCUCUGGUCUUGUGCCUGAUGCUGUUGUCAUUGUUGCUACCGUUCGUGCCCUCAAGAUGCAUGGUGGUGCUCCUGAAGUCGUGGCUGGCAAGCCUCUUCCUGAUGCUUAUACCGAAGAGAAUCUCGAAUUCCUUGAAAAGGGAUGCAGCAACCUUGUCAAGCACAUUGAAAAUGCAAAGAAAUUCGGCAUUUCGGUCAUUGUUGCUAUCAAUCGAUUCACAUCGGAUACUGAUGCUGAAAUGGAGUUGAUCCGAAAGUUGUCCCUGAGCGCUGGUGCUGACGACGCUGUUGCUUGUGAUCAUUGGGCCCGUGGCGGUUUGGGUGCUGUGGACCUUGGAAAAUCAGUCAUCAAUGCUUGCGAAAAGGACAAGAAGUUCAAGUUCCUUUAUGAUUUGGAUUUGCCUAUCGAGAAGAAGAUUGAAAUCAUUUGCAAAGAAAUCUAUGGUGCUGAUGGCAUUGAAUUGAGCGAUGCUGCCAAGAAGCAAAUUGAGACCUAUACCCAGCAAGGUUUUGGUUCCUUGCCAAUCUGUAUGGCCAAGACCCAAUACAGCUUUAGCCAUGAUCCCGCUCUCAAGGGUGUUCCUACUGGAUUUACAGUCCCUAUUCGCGACAUCAGGGCCUCUGUUGGUGCUGGUUUCUUGUAUCCACUUGUUGGCUCAAUGCAAACAAUGCCUGGUCUUCCUACUCGCCCAUGCUUCUUUGAUGUUGAUUUGGAUGAAGAUGGCAAGGUCGUUGGUUUGUUUUAA